AUGGCUUCCCUCUCAAAAGUUGUUCCUUAUGCCAUCCUUCCCUCGCUCUUUCAAGAAUCAUACUUUGACGAUGAAGACAACCCAACCAAUGUUCAUCGUAGCAUCUUCGUCCUCAUCGACAACAAACGCUACGAAUGGAACAACAUGUUCAAGGAUCACCCCGGUGCUUGGUGUGUCGGUUCGUCCAACGGUUUCCUCAUCUUUCUUGACAACAAUGGUUGUCCUCAGCUUCUAAACCCAUCUUCAAACACUUGCAUUGACCUUCCAUCUUUUCCUAACUCACUCAUUAAGCAUGCAAGUGUUAAAUCUUAUUCUUAUUAUGCCGAACACCUUCGAAAAACCUUCAUAUCCAAAGCAGUGUUGAUGUGUUCUCCAUCUCCUUCACAAUACACUCUUGCUGUUAUGUAUAGUUACCCGUUAUGCAAGAUUGCUUUUUGUAGCAACCGUAAUGCUUCAUGGGUCGAACUCUUUGAUGCGAAACGAUGUUAUUACGACAUUGUGUUUGAUAACAAUAUGCUCUAUGCUUUGGCUGAUGAUUGUUCUAUUGAAGGGUGGGAUUUUAGUCAAAAAGUUCCACAAAAGAUUUUGUUUGUCAAAUACCCUAUCAUGGAGAAAGAUAAGGAAGAAGAAACAAAAUUUCCAUGUGAUAAAUUUUCUAGUCAAUUAUAUUUAGUGAUAGCUAAAGGAGAAUUUUUAUUGGUAGAAAGGUUUAUUGGAAAUUUUGUGAAUGGUGAUGGUGAAGUAGUUUAUGAAGGAAGCAAUUUAUCAUAUGAAGGUUAUGAAAUUUGUCCUUAUAGAACAAAGCAUUUUAGUGUGUAUAAACUUGACUUUGUGAAGAAAAGGUGGGAAAAGAUUAAUAGUUUAGAUGGUGGAGCUAUAUUUGUAGGUGCCAAUGAGUCUAAGUUUGUGACUGCAAAUUCAGGAUGCGAAGGAAAUUCAAUUUAUUUCAGUGAUGAUAGGUGGGAAGAGAUGAAUUUGGAUUAUUCAUAUGGUGGACAUGAUUGGGGGAUUUUCAAUCUUCAAAAUUCAAGUGUUAAGUUCUUAGCUCCGGAUGCAAAUAAGAUGGAUCCACCACCUAUUUGGAUGGUUCCAAAUUCAAAUUAA